AUGGCGAGCAAUGAAAGCAAUGUUGCAGUUAAACAUUUAGGCGGAAAGUUAAGCAAGCAUUUCAUUUUUAAGCUAAAUGCUGAUGGCAAAGUAGAGGAUGGCAACAAAGUUUACUGCAUUCACCGCAAUAAACAAUUGGCUUUCCGUGGUUCAAAUACAUCGCUGACGUACCACCUACAGCACAAACAUCCACUCAAGUAUCAACACGUUGUCAACAGUGACCGGCAGAAGAGUUCUCCAGUACAACCAAUAUCUAAUUUCAUGUCUCAGUCAAACAAGCCUGUAAGUGCCAAAGUUUCUGCAGACUUGAAAAUUGCUAUUGCUCAGUGGAUUGCCAGUUCAGGACGUCCGACGGCAAUUGUGGAUGAUGAUGGACUACAAACAGUACUACGUAUAGCUCUUCAAAACCAGACUUAUAAUUUACCCAGUCGCCGUACAAUCGACGCUGUGAUUGGCCAGAUGUACAACGAGAAGCUAACGCAGCAUAAGAAAGCUAUAGAAAGCAUUCACAGUAUUGCUCUCACUACUGACUUUUGGACCUCAAACAACAAUGAAUCAUACUGUGGUAUAACGGGACAUUGGAUUGAUUCCGACUGGAAACUGACAUCAGUAGCUUUAGGAUGCUUACUUGUUGAUGAAAGACACACUGCUGAAAACGUUGCCGGUUUCUAUAAAGAGUUUGCUGCAACAUGGAACAUCAGCGAUAAAAUAUGCUGUAUAACGGACAAUGCACGAAACAUGGUUGCUGCUAUUGGACAAACGGAUUUCAGUCACAUACCAUGUAUCGCACAUUGUCUUCAACUUAGCAUAUUAGCAGGUUUGAAGGCAGCUGACUCUUCACCUCUUGUGGCAAAAUGUCGACACUUAGUUGGACAUUUCAAGCACAGCUCGGCCAACACAUCUGAACUGAAGAGCAGCCAUUCCAGUGUCUCUUCGUCAAAAGAUGUUAUGUUCCACAAAUUGCAGCAGGAUGUGGCAACUCGGUGGAACAGUACCUACAUAAUGUUAGCCAGAUUGUUGGAAGUCAAAGAUGCCGUAAUGCAGUAUCACAUGGAUCAUCCAAAAAACUACAGUGGACCUAAACUGACAGAACUGUUAAGGAUUAAUGAUGAUGAUCCAGGUUAUAUUGGACGAUUCAAAACUGCAACAUUGAACGACUUUUCAAACAGAAUUGAAGGCAUUGAUGCUUUAACAAUGUUGCAAAUGGCUGUGGCCUUGGAUCCACGUUACAAGAAACUGACCUGUCUAAGAAGAGAGAAACGUGAAGAAGUGUGGACAACAUUGUCGAAUGCAUUCAGGGCCUUCCACGAUAGAAGACAGCCAGCAGGAUGUCCAACAGGCUUAGAAGAAAGCAAUGAUGGCACAAAAGUAAAAGUAGUACCUGUGCCGAAGAAACAAAAACUUACUCUGUUGCUGAGCGACUCUGAAUCGCAGUCCUCAGCUGACGAAUCAGAUGCAGAACACAGUGCACAGGCCGAGUUGAUGCGCUACCAAGUAGAAGAUCCCAUUCCAGAAACAGAGGAUCCUCUCAUGUGGUGGAAACUCAAUAGCCAUCGUUUUCCUGGCCUAAGCAGAUUUGUGCAGACAAUACUUUGCGUACCGGCAACAUCUGUUCCGUGCGAAAGACUGUUUAGUUCAUCUGGCUAUAUUGUGAAUAAAAUGCGCUCGUGUCUGCUACCAGAAAAUGUUAACACUCUGAAUGCGCCGGCCGAGGACAAAAGGAUGGAAGAACCAAGUCCUCAUUCAGGCGAAAGGCCGAAACCACCUUUGGAAGCACCACCACAUAAUCCUAAUGGAGGAUCAAGCAUGGUGACUUGCAAGGCAAGACCGCCAACUCAGAAACCCUUCUGA